AUGGCAGUAUCACACGGUGCUACAGCCCCUAUUCUCGUCCCUCUUCCUCCGCUCAGGUCCGAGGAUUACUUUACCGAGAAGCAAUGGCACACAUUACUCGCAAUUGUAGAUGCUAUUAUACCGCCAAUUGUUUCGGAAAACAACGUCACAGACAAUCAAAGACAGCUCAGGAUAUCGCAAGAUCUAUACGAUGAAGCCUACAGUACGAUUCAGAUGACAAUGGUAGAGUCCCCGGAUGCCGAAAAGUUCAAGGAAUAUCUCAGGACAAGCCAAUCCGACAGUCCGCGGUUUGUGCAAAAUGUCAAACGCACAUUUGAGACCGUGCCAGAAGAGGCUAGGAAAAAACUGAGCAGUAUACUUAAUCUUCUCGACACAAGCGUCGGCAGUUUCUUCUUGACAGGCUAUUGUAUACCAUUUUCGGAGCAACCUGUACAUAUGAGACAUGCAGUCAUCCAGUCAUGGGCUACUUCAUGGCUGAAAAUGUUUCCUCUACUUGCAAGGACAUUUUCGACGAUUGCGCAGAAAUCCUUCAGCCAAGCGGAUCCUCUAUAUCAACAAUUGCUGGGCUUCACAGACCACCCGCUAGACUAUAGGACAGCGGCAGGAUUUGACUUCAACUUCCUGCAAUUCAAGGCCGAUGAUGAGCCUGCAGUGUUGGAUACAGACAUUGUAAUUGUAGGGUCUGGUUGUGGUGGCGCGGUAUGCGCCAAGAUCCUAGCAGAGGCGGGCCACCGAGUUGUGGUAGUGGACAAAGGAUAUUACUUCCCGCCCUCGCAGCUGCCCAUGAAUCAAGAGUCUGGGUCCAACUUCCUAUUCGAAGGCCAGGGCGUCAUUAGUAGUGAUGAUAACUGCAUGAACAUGCUCGCAGGUAGCUGCUGGGGCGGUGGCGGGACAGUCAACUGGAGCGUGUCUUUGGAGCCUCAGGACUUUGUGAGAAAAGAGUGGGCUGCUCAGGGGUUGCCGUUCUUUGCGACAGAUGAGUACCAGAAGUGUCUCGAUCGGGUAUGUGACUUCAUGGGUGUCAGUGAUAGAUAUGUUCGGCACAACCAUGGUGGCAGAGUUAUAAUGGACGGGUCGCGUAAGCUCGGCUGGAAAGCCAAAGCUUGUCCUCAGAAUACGGGCCCCGAUGACCAUUAUUGUGGCAGAUGUCAUUUCGGUUGUGGCUCGGCCGGCAAGAAAGGCCCUACUGUGAGCUGGUUGCCCGCUGCCGCCCAGGCCGGCGCACAAUUCAUUGAAGGUUUCGACGCGACAGAGGUGCUUUUCGACGAGUCUACCGGCUCGAGACAAGCGGUAGGCGUGCAGGGGACUUGGGCUGCGAGGGGUGACAGCGGGAGUCUUAGCACACCAAAGGCUGAUCGCGUGACAAGAAUUCUCCGUAUCCAAGCCAAAAAAGUAGUGGUCGCUGCUGGCACAUUGCAAUCCCCUCUUCUACUUUCCCGGAGUGGCCUAGAGAAUACCCAUAUCGGAAGGAAUCUUCACCUUCAUCCUUGUAACUACGUCCUUGCGCGUUUCAACGAAGAUAUACAGCCUUGGGAAGGAAGUAGUAUUACCAGUCUGUGUUCUGAAUUUGAGAACGUCGACGGAGAAGGGCACGGCGUAAAAUUGGAGACGGUAAAUAUGCUGCCGUACAUGACAAUCGCCAACUUUCCUUGGUACAGUGGUCUAGAGUUCAAACUAAACGCACUGAAAUUCCGCAGUAUGAAUGGUUUCAUAUCUAUGGCUCGAGACCGUGACACGGGCCGUGUGUAUCCGGAUGCCGUCACAGGAGCUCCGAGGAUUGAUUAUACACCUUCAGACUUUGACCGCGCCCAUAUCCUGACGGGAACUUUAGCGUUGGCGAAGCUUUGCUAUGUUGAAGGCGCCCGGGAGAUCUUUGCUUUUCUCCCAGGGUCGAGGCCCUUCGUCAGGAAAGAGACGCGGAAAUCGGGUGGUAAUGACAUCAACGAUCCCGAGUUUGUGGCAUGGCUUGCGUCACUAAAUAAGGUUGGAAACAAGCCCCCGGUCACUCCCUUCGGCUCGGCGCAUCAGAUGGGAACUUGUCGCAUGAGCGAAGACGUGGCAGAUGGCGUUGUAGACCCGAAGGGUCGGGUAUGGGGAACAGAUAAUCUGUAUGUGGCAGAUUCGAGCGUGUUCCCGAGUGCAAGCGGUGUAAACCCAAUGAUAACGACCAUGGCUACUGCCGAUUACAUCGCUCAUGGCAUUGCCGAACAACUUUCACGGAACGGCGGGCAGUAA